AUGAAGAAAUCCCUAUGUAAGCUGCUACCCAUCGCGAUAUUACUCUUUCUACAAAAAACAAACGGCCAAGGAGACUUUUUCGGAAACUUCAGACCCAGAAGUAGAUUUGAUGGGUUUUUUAGACAGAGAUUUGGCGCCGGGCCAAAUAUUCCAACAAAUGGACAACAAACACAACCUCAACAGCAACAGUCACAACAACCACAAGGAACAAAUAACGCAGCAACGCCAGCAGGGACGUCAUCAAAUUCGAAUACCCAACAGGCACCAUCGAACACUCAAUCCGUCCCAAGACAAGUUGGGACGGUAACGGUCCCUAUCAUUGGUCCUUUCCCGUCUGAUGCUGGGACACAGACGCCAACAGGAAUUUUCGGGAUGGGACAGCCAGGUCCCUUCAGUCGAAUGGGACAACCCAUGUUACCUCCCCAGGGAAUGACACCUUUCGGAGGGCGUGGCGGAUUCAACCCAAUGUUCGGAAGACAACAGCAGCAGAUGCAGCAGCAAAUACCACAACAACAGUCCAGGAUUCCUUUGGGUCAACAAAACACCAUGUCUUCUUUUCCAUCUCAAUUUGGGUCGCCCCAACAAAGAGGUAUAAACAAUCUGUUACUGAGGGAAGGAGAGCAGAUGCUCAUUCUACCAAAUAGCAUGGCUCGAACACUGAUGUCAAUGCGGAACGGAAACAGACGGGAAUUGCGCAGGCUCGCUUUACUUGGUAUUCCACGCUCGCUCCUUAGCACGUUCGCAGCACAACCUGAGGUGUUCGCUAACUUACGUAGACAAAAUAGUAUUGCUGGUGAGGCCAGGACUUCUGUUGUACGACGAAGAAAUCAGCAGGUAGUUCCUCCUGAUCAAACACAACGAAUAAAUUUCCCACAGACACUCCCUCCACAGGUUCAGAGGGAGAUGCAAAUGGCAGGAUUCGGGAGAAUGGCAGGUGUUUCUCCAAGAUUUGGAGCGAUGCCAUCACAACCUUCUCAACAGAUGGGCUCAGCAGUCAAUGGACCUCCACCAUUGUCACCUUCGGCAGGACCUUCAGCAAGGCCCGCCCCUCAAUCACCCCCACCACCACCACCACCACAACAACAACAGACACAAGUACCGCCCCAACAACCACAACAACCCCCGCAGCAGAGACCGAUACCAGCCACAAGUAAUCAAGCGCCACAAAUGCCACCUCAAGUCCGUGGGUUAUUCGGUCAAGGCAGAAUACCACCACAGAUGAUCCCGCCUAUGUUCAGGGGCAGUAUGCAAGGUCCCGUUGGAGGUCCAAUGUUUCCAAGUGGGCCUCAAGGCACGUUAGACACGGCAGGACAACAGCCUACAGAUCAACAACCUGGCCAGCAAGCAGCUGCAGGAGGUCAGACCUCUAUGACACCAAUGGUUCCGAAUCAGCCCCAGCAGUUUCCCAAUCAACAGCAGCCAAUGCGGGGAAUGCAACCAAUGGGAAUGCCAUCUAUGGGUAUGCCAAAUAUGGGCGGCAUGCUUCCUAUGGGCAUGCCAAAUAUGGGAAUGCCAAUAAUGGGAACGUCGAAUAUGGGAAUACCAACUAUGGGAAUGCCAAACAUGGGUAUGCCAAACAUGAGAAUACCAAAUGUAGGUGUGCCAAACAUGGGUAUGCCAAAUAUGGAUAUGCAAAAUUUCGGAAUGUCACAGAAUGGACAAGCCGGUAUUCCACAAAUGAGAUCACAAUCACCAAAUCAACAACAACGUGGAAACAUGCCAACAAAUAAUGCAGCACAAACGUCAGCGCCACCGAGUAGCCAAUCAACGAACCAAAUGACAAAUACUCCAAUGUCACAAAACGGUAUGCCCAAUGGAAUGAAUCCCGGCAUGUCUGGAAGAUUCCCCAUGCCUGGAAUGUUUCAAGGAAAUAUGUUUAGAGGAGGAAUGCCAGGAGGAAUGCCAGGGGGAAUGCAAGGAAUGCCGAGAAUGCCAAUAGGUAUGCAAGGAAUGUCAGGAAGUAUACCUAGUAUGGCGGGAGGUAUGCAGCAAGGAAUGCAAAAUAUGCCAAAUGGUAUGCCAGUCAUGCCGAGAAGUAUGCAAAAUGGAAUGCCAGGAAGUUUUCAAGGUAUGCCAGGCAGGGUACCUGGAAUGCAAGUACCUGCAGGAUUCCCGCAACAAGGAGUCGGAUCUCCCCAACAAUCAGUACCUGAUAUUCCGUCUUUACCAUCCAACAUGCCUGUUCCGGAUUUACCAGGCAGUAUCCAGACACCCUCUCGUGUGUCGUUACCAACACGGGCUACAUCAACGACGCCUGCUCCCAGAGGGCAAACCAGACCAAUACCGUCAUUUCCAGGAAUACAGCCAUUCCCCGGAGCAUUUCCUCCAGUUGCAGCGCCUGCACCUCCAGCAGUUCCAGCCCCUGCCGAACCUGCCAUGCCGGGGCCUCUUGAAUUGCCUGGCCCCUUAGAAUUGCCAGGCCCCUUAGAAUUACCUGGACCACUUGAGAUGCCGGGUCCUGCUGCUUUGCCUGGUCCACUGGAACUGCCUGGACCGAUAGAGUCACAAAGUUCUGCAAAUAUGCCUGGACCCCUUGGACUUCCAGGAUCUCCAGGCCCUCUUGACCUUUCACGCCCACUCCAACUACCAGAGUCUUCAGCCCCUCCUAAUCCAUUCACAGGAGAACCAGAAAAUAAGUCCACAUUACCGGGCACAGAUUCCGCCCCAGUCCAGGUUCCGUCUUUCCCAGGUCUAAAUAUUCCCGGAUCUUUACCUUCGGAUUCUAACGGAGGUGUUGAUGCUGGCGAACUAGUGUCAAACAUAACACCACCACCUCCCUCUUCUUCUGACUUUUCUGCAAAUACGCCAUCUGAACCUGAUGUAAUGCUUGGCAUUGGAGGAACCCCACCCGGAUUUCCUCCUCUGGACCUUGGUGGUUUUCCUGGUUUAGAUACGACUGCGCCAUUUCCAAGUUUAGAUUCUGCUGCGCCGUUUCCAAGUUCAGACUCCGUGCCUAUAGCUGGUGCCAUUGAAAGUCCGUCUUCUCCAUCUAGUUCUAAAACGGAAAAUGUUAAUGAAUCACCCGUGGAUCCGUUCCCUUUUAAUACCGCUGGCCCCUUCCCUGGCCCUCUCCCUCCCCCUUCCCCUCCACCCGUGAUGCCGUUCCGAGAAGUACCUACCUCCGCACAGCUCGGCAUUGAUCAGCCUCUAAUUCGACCUCCACCAGGCUCAAGGAAUGUCUUCAGUGAUACUGGAAGUAUAGGAAUCAUACCAGCAGUUACAGGUGGAAUUCCAGCUGAGCCUCUCCCCGAUGCCGCUAUUGCUCCACAGGAUCCUGUCCUACAGGAUGUUGUCCAGUCGUCAGAUUCCACUAAUUUUCCCAAGAUAUCAACAGAGGGCAUUCCUAUUCAAGACUCCCCUGUCUCUACACAAAACUCACCUAUGCCACAAAUUCCUUCAAAGGCUGUUUCCGAAAAUAGCAAAAUUGCUGAGACGGUUGACCCUUUUCCAGGACUUAGUUUCCCAUCGGGUCCAAGUCUACUGGGAAAUCCUUCCUUCAGAACAGAUAUUCCCAAUCCGCCUGAUGCUAUCAUUCAGCUUACAGAAAUUCCCAGACCUUCUGACGCAAUCAUCCAAGGUCUACCAGCAGAGGAAUUUGCUCAACCAUUAGCAUUGUAA